CAUACACUAUAUUGUCAUAUGUAUUGGGACACCCCUCCAAAUAAUUGGAUUCAGGUGUUCCAAUCACCUCCAUGGCCACAGGUGUAUAAAAUCAAGCACCUAGGCAUGCAGACUACUUCUACAAACAUUUGUGAAAGAAUGGGUCGUGCUCAGGAGCUCAGUGAAUUCAAGUUUGCAGUAAGUCCAUCUGAAAUUUCCUUGCUACUAAAUAUUCCGCAGUCAGCAAUUAGAGGUAUUAUAACAAAGUGGAAGCAACUGGGAACAACAACAACUCAGCUAUGAAGUGGUAGGCCAUGUAAAAUGACAGAGCGGGGUCAGCGCAUGGUGAAGCACACAGUGCACAGAAGUCGCCAACUGUGUGCAGUCAGUAGCUAAAGACCUCCAAACUUCGUGUGGCCUUCAGAUUAGCACACCAACAUUGCGUAGAGAGCUUCAUGGAAUGGGUUUCCAUGGCCAAGUAGCUGCAUCCAAGCCUUACAUCACCAAGUGCAAUGCAAAGCGUCAGAUGCAGUGGUGUAAAGUAUGCCGCCACUGGAGUCUAGAGCAGUACUUGCCUGACUGCAUUGCACCAAGUGUAAAGUUU